CCGCCCGCCCGCCUCCGCGAACGAAAGGCCAAACCUCUGCCCCCCUCCUUGGCUCCUCCUCCUCGUGACUCCCUCCUGCGGCCCCUCCCCCCUCCCUCGCCGGUCAAACCCUAACGCGCGCACCCACCCACCCACCCGUCAAUCCCUUCUCCCAUGGCGGCGCUCUCCGUGCCUCUCCGCACCGCGGCGGCCCUGUCCUCGUCCGGCGCCGGAUCCCGCGCCGCCGCCGACCCCUCCAAGGUGUCAUGCGUGAGGAGCACCCGCUCCGCUCAUUUUGGCUGCAGCUUCCCCUCCAUUGCGGCUUCCUCUUCAUCUGCCAGGAACAUUGAGCCACUUAGAGCUAUAGCUACACAGGCACCCCCGGCCGUCCCACAAUAUUUGAGUGGAGAGAAGACGAAGGUUGGCAUCAAUGGGUUCGGACGGAUUGGGAGGUUGGUUCUGAGAAUUGCAACCAGUAGAGAUGAUAUUGAAGUUGUGGCUGUCAAUGAUCCUUUCAUUGAUGCUAAGUACAUGGCCUAUAUGUUCAAGUAUGACUCCACUCAUGGCCCCUUUAAAGGAUCCAUCAAUGUUGUGGAUGAUUCAACCCUGGAGAUCAAUGGGAAGAAAAUCACUAUAACAAGCAAAAGAGAUCCCGCAGAGAUUCCUUGGGGUAACUUUGGAGCUGACUAUGUUGUUGAAUCUUCUGGUGUUUUUACAACCAUCGAUAAAGCAUCGGUACACUUGAAGGGUGGUGCUAAGAAAGUGGUGAUAUCUGCUCCAUCCGCAGAUGCUCCCAUGUUUGUGGUUGGAGUAAAUGAGAUGAGCUACGAUCCCAAGAUGAAUGUUGUUUCUAAUGCAAGUUGUACCACUAACUGUCUUGCUCCUCUUGCCAAGGUUGUUCAUGAAGAAUUUGGCAUUCUUGAAGGUCUAAUGACAACUGUUCACGCCACAACAGCCACCCAAAAGACUGUUGAUGGUCCUUCAAUGAAAGAUUGGAGAGGAGGGCGUGGUGCUGGUCAAAACAUAAUUCCUAGCUCCACUGGUGCAGCAAAGGCUGUUGGGAAAGUUCUCCCUGAGCUAAAUGGAAAGCUUACUGGCAUGGCUUUCCGAGUUCCAACACCAAAUGUCUCUGUGGUUGACUUGACCUGCCGGCUUGAGAAAAGUGCCUCUUAUGAUGAUGUGAAAGCAGCCAUCAAGGCGGCAUCAGAGGGUGCACUGAAAGGCAUUUUAGGCUACACAGAUGAGGAUGUGGUAUCCAACGAUUUUGUUGGUGACACAAGGUCAAGUAUAUUUGAUGCUAAUGCUGGCAUGGGGCUGAGCUCUUCCUUCAUGAAGCUCGUGUCGUGGUACGACAACGAGUGGGGCUACAGCAACCGGGUUCUUGAUCUCAUCGCCCACAUGGCUCUUGUCUCCGCCAAGCACUGAUCACCCCCGAGUGCUACUAAUAGGCUGCAAUUUUGCCGGUUCUUUUUAUUUUCAGAAUUUAUUAUUGCCUUUGUUGUGCCUUUUGAGCACAGGCAGAAAUGGGUACUCGGAUCCAUGACUUGCUUGUAGCAGUGGAUGAAAUUUACACCGUAGCGUUAUGAGCACGUCGUGGGAUUUGUUGAGCGAAUCUCAUUUGUAUCGGUGGUUUGAUUUGUUGCUAAAAGAAAUCACAAAUUGUCCCCUUUGGACUUCUCAUGUAGUACUAUGAUUCCUUCCUAUUUUGUUUCCACAACUUAUAGAUGAAUUUAUCCAA